CGAUGCUCACGCGGGCUUGUCCGUGGGACCUCUGACACUGUUGAACUUACCUGUUGGUUCACGCAAUGCCCAAUCAGGCAGCGUAACUCCCGAAACCGCUACUGGGAGUGCGAUGGCGAGGGAGAUGGCAUGACUUACUGCUUCUGCGAUGUAUCGACACGAACAACGAGCGUGAGUGGAUUCGUCGUGAACCCUUCUGCAUACUUUCAUUUCACUUGUAUCAGACUUGCCGUGCCACCCGAAGGAACGUGGUACUGCGAUGCUUGUAGGGCCAGGCAGAAGAAUGCGAAGCGUGGUGCACGGGGAAACGGGAAAUCCGUCACGGAUGGUGGCAAUUCGCCUUCUGGUGGCAGGAAAAGGUUACCUGGACGUCACUCGGACCUCGGUCGGCUAUCGAUUAAUUCCAGUUGGUACACGCUAAAUAAUUAUCACACACGACGCGCCAUUCCCAUAUGUAGACCAGAAGCCCUCGUCAACGUGACAUGGCAAGCGUUCUGCAUAAUGGAGGCAUCCACAAACACAAUAUUUGUAAGGCGUCUCCCAAGAAUAGUGGAAUAGUUAGCAACUUAUGAAGAGAGAACAGACACCGGCACACAAUAAAAACAGAAGCAUAUAUGUAGUAUGAUCGGCUCAACGUCUUUUGGUUCCCCUCGUAUCGUCCAAGCCUGGUGAACUACGCCGCUUCCUGUUC